AUGCAAGUGGUCAUGAGGCACGGAGGAAUCGAGUACUUCGAACAGAACAAACAGGCCAACGCGCCCACACUGCCCAACGGCUGGGGUGCUACUCCGAGCCCGCCAGACGAAAAGAAAAUUGAAGCCGGGCUACCGCGCAGCAGACUUUUCUUGCGGCAAUAUCUUUCGGUCCACUACAUGGCCGAGCUCUCGUCGCGAUCGUCGACAAACUGGGUGGAAUAUCCCUCACAAGAUGAAGAGGUUCCCGGGCAUGCAGUCGCCUCUGCCUUGACCAGCGACUCUGCCUUGGCCAGCGACUCUGCCUUGGCCAGCGACUCUGCCUUGGCCAGCGACUCUGCUCCCGCCGGAUCGGUAGCAACUACAGAGCCAUUGGGCACCUCGACCACUAGUGAACCUUCAGCUCCGACCAAGAUUCCACUGUACAAGGUCUAUGCACUUCCUGCGCCGAUUCGGACAUUCCCUCUUCCCGCAUUCUAUCCGAGCAACCCGAUUUCCCUGAUCUACCUCGUGUAUGCCUGGUUGAAGCAAGUCAUCUCGCCUCCAGCCGAGCCUUCCAUCAUCCACGAAGGAUUCUGGGACCCCCACACGCGCUCUGUCCACAUCAACAACUCCGAGUCUAUACGCGCACUAUGGGAGCAGGGCUUCUUUGGAAAAGGAAGCCUAAGUCGAAGCGAACCGAACUGGCUGAAACGCGAGUUGGCGCGACGCGGAUCUCUGGGGGGCAAGACUGUGAGCGAGGAACGUACGGAAUCGAGACGCGAAGAGCGCCGACUCGCGAAGUGGGAGCGGGCAAAGGCGGAGCUGGAAGUCGUUGAGAAGCAGAGGCUUGAAGAAGCGGAGGCACACAGCAAUCUAGCUGAAGAGAAGUCUUUAUCGAAUGGCCAGCUCGAUACUGAAGAAGUGGCUCCACUGUUGAAUGGCGAGCUGAGUAGCCAAGAGGUGACACUCGCGAAUGGCACGCUCAAUAUUCAGGAUGAGGUGGCCUUCGUGAACGGUGAGCUCGAGUCCCAGGAGCUGACGCUCGUGAAUGGCUUGCUUGAUGGGCCACGCUCGUCCUCUGUCCCACAAGUUCCGUCGCUACUUGAAGCACCAACCAAGCCGUCUCGAGAUCCCAUGAAUGGCCAUGUUCAGAGGCUGAAGCCACCCAUCGGCCCAGCCGAACUAUUGGCCCUCCCCAAUUACCUCCCUACAGUCACGCGAGAGGUCGUUACAAAUGGCCAUUCCAAACCCCCGAAUUCCCCAGGUGGCCCAGCAGAUAUCACGGCCCUUCCCAACGCCGUCACACACCCUUCGGAAUAUGUCUUGAGUGCUCAGUCUGGGAGUUCUAAGCUGCCGGUCAGCGCAGCAACAGACCUUGUUCUUCAGGCAAAGAUCGAGGCAGUCCCAUUGAAUAUGACCACAAACGCUGUUCCCGAGAGCCCUAGGCCGCCAGUCGGGCCUGCCGAAUUGCUGGCACUGCCCAACUCGCCUCAAGACCUUGCUCGAUAUACAACAUCCGCUGCCAUCACGGCAUCCACCCUCGUUACGGCAUCCGACCCCGUCACGACAUGCACUCCCGUCACAACAUCCACCCCCGUCACAGCAUCCACCCCCGUCACAACAUCCACCUCCGUCACGACACCAAACCUCGUCCAACCGCCAAUCAUCGAGCCAACACCCACGCAAGACACGAAAGGAAGUUGCCCCUCCAAGGAGCCAAAACCUCCUGUUGGCCCAGCGGAGCUACUGGCCCUCCCCAAUUCCCUCAUUAGGCCCACUCAGAAGCCCAUCGCCAAUGGCCAUUUUGAGACCCCGGGACCUCCAGUCGGCCCCGCAGAAUUGCUCGCCCUUCCCAACUCUUUGGCUGACCUUGUAUCAGUUCCGCCCUUGACUGUGGGUGUGGCGAGUUCCGAUCCAGCCCCGCUUGAUCUGCCCUUUGUCGGUGUCUCAUCUCCACAGAGGGGCCGCCAUACAGAUAGCAAGGCUGUCAGCGACCAUGCCCAACUAAAUGGGGUAUUCAACGGCCUCAAUGGUCAUUUGGGCAAGGCGAGUGCCUUGGAUCAAGACCGAGACGUACUCGUCGAUGCCCAGACCAAUGGUGCCAAAGUGAACGGCGUGACUGAGACAGCCAAUGGCAUAGUUUCUCCUGUGCCGUCUUCGCCUUCCAGUGCGCCGAUAGCCGAGGUCGUCACCCCCCGAAAAGCGCGGCCACUGAAGCGUCAGAAGAGUGUUCGUUUCUCGCCCAAGGUUGAGUCAACAACCUUUCAGCAUUUUGACCCCCCAAGCCCGAAUCGAUUCACUGGAACACCACCGAAAAGCUUAGCAACCCUGAAUGGUGGGGCCAUGGACGCUGUCCCUCCUGCUGUUCCAUCGCCUCCGGCUGCUCCUGCGCCCCCUGCUCCUGUUGUUCCUGCGCCUCUUGCGGAACACGACGAAGCAGUGUCGAGCCUUGAUUUCCCAGUUACCGUGGGAGAACUGCCGAACAGGGAGCAUUUCCAACUUUCUCCCGAGGAAGCGUUCUUUCUGGUGUUUGUGCUCGGUGCCCUCUCUGUUCUUGACCCUGCGACCGGGGCACCAUUCCCCACUGACCAGCUGCUGAGUAUCUUCCGGGCAUACUCGUACUUUCCCCCCAAGGAGAUUAGCUCCGCGUCGGACGCUCUCCAGCCAAGUGACCCCUUCCUUGUGAACUACGUCGUCUAUCACCACUUCCGUUCCCUUGGCUGGGUUCCUCGCCACGGUAUCAAGUUCGGGGUUGACUUCAUUCUCUAUCAGCGCGGGCCUGUGUUUGACCACAGCGAGUUCGGUAUCAUAAUAAUGCCGUCCUUUUCUGACCCGCUUUGGAAGGAGCACGAGCAUGGCGCAGCGACGAAAUCCUGGCCAUGGCUAAUGGGUGUGAACCGAGUGCUGGCUCAUGUUCUCAAGGGACUGGUCCUUGUUUACGUUGAUGUUCCAUCUCCGCCUGUCUUUGACAAGGCCAUCAAGGCUGGCGGCCUUGCCGCCGCUCUCAAGCAAUACACCAUCCGCGAGGUCAUGGUUCGCAGGUUUUCGGCAAACCGCAAUAGAUGA